AAUAGUCUGGGACUGAGCUAGUAUUUAGGAAAAUUGUUUCAAAGUUUUCCAAAGCUUUUCUUCUGCGAAAAGACCCAUAAUUAUUCUCUCCGGGAAGUGGAGAGGUAAUUUGAGUUGGUGGAGUUAUGGAUGAACAGAUGAAGCAGCGCUCUUCGGGCGAGGAGCAGGUGGAGAGCCAAGAUUUACCGAAGAAGAUUAAAUUGGAAAACGGAGAAGGUAUUCUUAACGUUGUUGAUGCCAAAGCCACGGGAAAUUCACCGAACGAUAAGAUGUAUUCUCUAUUGGAAGACAAGGAUAAUGUAAAAGGGAAGAUGGAGGAGAAAGUAGCGAAAGAUGGUCUGAUCAACGAUGGUGGAAAUGUGGAAGAGCUGGAAAACCGGGCAUCCGAAGAGCAGAAGUUGCCUCGUAAGAGAGGAAGGCCCACAAAGGAAACAAGAGAGGGAGUAAAUGAUGUUGGGUAUGGCGAGGGCAAAAAUUGUACUGACCAGAAAGGAGUGGAAGCUGGGGAGACGAGGAAGCAGAUGAGGAGGGCUGAUAACAAGGGUAUGAGUUAUGAGGAAAGUCGAGCCGAAAAUGGGGAUAAAGUACAAGUCAUGGAUAUGAAAAUGGAAAAUGGCUCGAGCGAGGAAGAAAAGAGGACAACUGAAUUUGUGGUAAUUGAUGAAGAGGAAAAAGGAAAGGAAAAUGCCAUGUCUACUGUGUCUCUAUCAGGAAGGCCAAGGAGAUUGGCAUGUCAAAAAACGAUUGAGAGCUUGAGGAAGCUCAAUGAGCAGGAGAGAAAGCUGGAUGAAGCAGAUAAAGAGGAGAGAAGGAAUAAAAAGAGGAAUAGGGGCAGGAUGACAGGGACUGCCAAGGUUGCUUCGAAUGGGGAAAGUGUUGAGACCCUCUCUAACACGGAAGAAAUCUCAGAAGCUCUACCUAAAAGUAAGGAAAAAAGGAGAGGGAAAGCUCAGAAAACAUAUGAAGGUGGAAGGGAAAAAGAAGAAGAUGAGAAUGUCAAGGAAAAUUCAUCAGAUGCACACACUCUUCAACCUAGUGAGAAUGGUCCGCUUGAGCCAAAGAUUAGAAUGAAGAUUAAAGAUGGGAUUCAAGUUGAAUCAAAUAUGUGCCACCAGUGCCAGAGAAAUGACAAAGGAAGGGUUGUUCGUUGCACAAAUUGCAAGACAAAGAGAUAUUGUGAGCCUUGCAUGAAGACAUGGUACCCUCGUAUGCAAGAAGAGGCUUUUGCAGAAAGGUGUCCUGUUUGUCUAAAUAAUUGCAAUUGCAAAGCAUGCUUGCGUUUGGAAGGGCCAGUAAGGGCGUUGAAGGAAAAUAAAUAUCAAGUCAACGUUGAGGAGAAACUUAAGUACUCUAAUUAUAUCUUGCUAGCUCUUCUACCUCUCUUGAAACAAAUCAAUGCAGAGCAACUAAUGGAGAAGGAAAUUGAAGCUAAGAUUAAAGGAGUUGCUGUAUCUGAGCUAAAGCUGCAAAAAGCAAAGUGCAAAGUUGAUUGGAGAUUGUUCUGCAACAACUGUAAGACAUCAAUUUUUGAUUAUCAUAGAAGCUGCUCAGAGUGUAAAAACUAUGAUCUUUGUCUUACUUGUUCACGAGAGCUCAGAGCUGGCCACUUGCAUGGGUCUCAAAAAGAAGUCAUUAUUGAAUAUAUCGACAGAGAGCUUGAGUACAUUCAUGGCGAGGCCAGGUCAGAAUCUCAGGCAAGAAAGUUUAAGAGAUCUGUUAGGGCUACCUCCAAUGAGAACACACUUGAUCAUCCAAAGAGUUCUGGUGGGUUCUCUCAUCAAUGGAAACCUGACAAAACUGGUAGAAUUAAUUGCCCACCAGAGAGUAUGGGUGGUUGUAACAAGGGUACUUUGGAAUUAAAACAUUUAUUGGGGGAGAAUCAUAUCCCUGAAUUGCUAGUUAAAGCAGCACAAGUAAUGGAGAAAAUCAGCUCAAAUGACAUGCCUGAAUAUUCUAAGCAAUCGUGCUCUUGUGUAAAUACGAUCGAGGAAAGUGAGAGUGGUAAACUCAAGGUAAGAAAAGCUGCUUCUAGGGAAGACUCUGAUGAUAAUUAUCUUUACUGUCCGGAAGCCAAGGACAUUAAGCAUGAGGAUUUGGAGCAUUUUCAAUUGCAUUGGCUUAAAGGCGAACCUGUGAUUGUUAGUAAUGUUCUAGAAACUACUUCUGGAUUGAGCUGGGAACCAAUGGUGAUGUGGCGUGCCUGCCGCCAGAUAAAGAAUCUCAAUCAUCCACUUCUUUUGGAUGUGACUGCUCUUAACUGCUUGGAUUGGUGUGAGGUUAAUGUUAAUAUCCGCCAAUUUUUUCAAGAAUAUAUGGAACUUCGUUUUGAUAGCUACGGCUGGCCUAAAAUUCUCAAGUUGAAAGACUGGCCUCCAUCCGCUUUAUUUGAGGAGCAUUUGCCUCGCCAUGGUGCUGAGUUUGAAAACUGUCUGCCUUUCAAGGCAUAUACAGAUCCUAAAAGUGGUUAUCUAAAUCUUGCUGUCAAGUUACCACCUAAAUCCUUAAGGCCAGAUAUGGGACCAAAGACAUAUAUAGCUUAUGGAGUUCAUCCAGAGCUUGGGCGCGGCGAUUCUGUAACCAAACUGCACUGUGAUAUGUCUGAUGCUGUGAAUGUUCUUUUACAUAUCCAAGGGACAAAACUAAAACCUGAUCAAGUUUUGCGUAUCAGAGAACGUAAAAUGAAACAUGCUAUGCAGGAUGAGAAGGAACUAUUGACAUCCAAUGCCAUGAAAGAAGAAAGUCCUCAGAAAAAUGGGAAUGCUUAUGGAACAGUUGAGGGUGUUGAGAAUGGUAAACAUGCUUUAGAAGGGGAUCCAAACAGUGAAGUGGAUGAAAACAGGAGUGGGAAUAUUAAUGGGUCGGAAAACCACUGUGAUGAAAAUAUGCCAUCUAAAAGAUGUUUGAGAAGUAGAGUUAAGGGAAGUAGAGGCAAAACUGAGCAGGAAGAAAAGAGUGGAAUGGAGCAGCGGGUUAAAAAAAGUGGGAAACUUAGGAAGAAUAAGAAUGAAUCUCAGAAGGAAAGGGAUCCAAAGGGAAAUGAUUGUCCUGAGAUUGAAGAAUCUGAUAAUGGAGCUAUAUCGGACGAGUAUGAAGAAUCUGAAGGUGCUCUCUGGGACAUCUUUAGAAGGGAAGAUGUCCCUAAAUUGGAAGCAUAUCUCAGGAAACACUUCAAUGAGUUCAGACAUAUUUAUGGCAGCCGAGUACCACUGGUUGUUCAUCCGAUACAUGACCAAAGUUUUUACUUGACUGUUGAGCACAAGAAGUUGCUGAAAGAGGAAUAUGGGGUUGAAGCAUGGACAUUUGUUCAAAGGUUAGGAGAUGCUGUUUUUAUACCAGCAGGUUGCCCUCAUCAAGUCAGGAACUUGAAGUCAUGCAUAAAAGUUGCAGUUGACUUUGUUUCGCCUGAAAGUGUUGGGGAGUGCAUUAGAUUGACUGAGGAGUUCCGCACACUUCCCCAUGAUCAUAGGGCAAAAGAGGAUAAAUUAGAGGUGAAGAAAAUGAUGAUUCAUGCAGUGGAUGAUGCCGUGAAAGCUAUUUUGGAGCUAAAAUAAUGAAUUUGAAACGUGGGGAAUCAAGCUUUGUAGAUCGAGACGUGUGACUGACCUUUUACUAUUAAGAAAACAAUACUUUUUUUUUGUUUGUAAAUUGGUGGUUUAUACUCGCUUCCUAUUUAAGGAGCUUCAUCCUCCUUCAAUUCUCCAUCAAUCUUCUUCUUUCUUCUUCCUAUAGUUUUAUUAGAGUAUAGAGAGUAGGCCGCAAGUGAUAAGUCGCCAGAGUAAGUCGUGGUUGUUGUCGGAAGUUACAUCGGAAUGUUGAAGAAGAAGAAGAAUCUCUGUGCAAAUCAGUCCACUUGAUCUACAAACCAAACUAGAUGAUUACUCGUUUGGAAUACCACCCAACCCAAUGGUGAGCAGAUCGCUUUUCGGUUUCUGAGCGUGACCUAUAAGACUCACAUGAUAGGUCAUGAUUUUGUAAUUUGCCUUAAACUAAUUAUAGUUUAAGAGUCUCGUUAUCAAUUAGCCUUAAAUUAAUUAUAGUUUAAUAGCCUCGUUAUCAAUAUAACUUAGUCUUAGAU